AUGUUCCCUGGCCCCUCCACGUUCUCCCUCCAGGACGAAACGACCUCCGCCAUUCGCGAGCUCCGGGAAGAAACCGGAUUCGAGGGUAUGGUCACGCAUGUGUCCCCAAUAGUGUACUCGGACCCAGGAUUGAGCAACGCUUCGAUGCGCUACGUGUUCAUGCGGAUCGACGGCGACUUAGGGAGCAACCAGCAGCCCGUAGCCAUGCCAGACGAGGAUGAGAUCAUCACCGUCCACCGGGUGCCGGUGAAGAGACUAUUGAACGAGGUCGAAGGCUUCCGGGAGCAGGGCUUUGAGAUCGAUGCCCGCCUCUACGGCCUGGCCUUGGGUCUGCAGUUCGGAGACGUGAAGCAAUAUGCACCCCCCGGAGCUUCCUCUUCCUCUUGGCGCUGGACUCUGGCCUCAGGGAUAGCUGCCCUGUUGCUCUACCGUUAUAUCCGCGGGGCUGGGAGAUAGUUUUCGAGGGGGGGAGGAUGGGAGACGAGGAAGAGGGCUCUUCCGUGGGGGCGGGCAGGGGAUAAAGGCGUGGGAAUCGCCCUGGACUGAAGGUAGAGUCGCGGAGAUUGAGGAGGCGGGAGGGUGGGUGAGCAGUGAAGGAGUGGGCCCGGUCUUCGCGAGCCGACGCCAUGCACUCAAAACUGAAGGCCUCGAAUUCGUGGAGCAUGCGAGAUGCAAGCUGCGAGCCAUCAGGCAAAAAAAAACUCUGAGAUUGAUGAGACUGAAGAGGAUAAAAAUAUUGACAAAUGAAGAGCCCGCUUGCACAAGCAGA